AUGGCUUCCCUGCUGGUUCUUCGUUCCCACAUGAUCGCUAUUGCAGCCCUGAUUUCUCUUUUGCUCACCACUUGCCACUGCUUCAAUCCCAAGCUCUUCAAUGUCUCGACGGCCGACUCUGAUUCGGGUGCUUGGCUAGCUGGCGGGGCUACCUGGUAUGGGGCAGCCAAUGGCGAUGGAAGCGAGGGAGGGGCUUGUGGAUUUAAGGAUAUCGUGGGCAAAGCUCCGAUAAAUUCCCUGAUAGCUGCUGGCGGCCCAUCUCUAUACAAUUCAGGCAAAAGCUGUGGAGCUUGUUAUGAGGUAAAAUGCGAAAGCACUGCUAAUGCAGCAUGCUCGGGGAAUUCGGUAACAGUAGUAAUCACCGACGAGUGUCCGGCGGGGGGCGCAUGCAGUGCCGAGGCAGCUCAUUUUGAUUUAAGUGGUACUGCUUUUGGAGACCUCGCCGUUUCCGGCCAGUCUGAAACAUUGCGUAAUGCCGGUGUCCUCAAAAUACAAUAUAGAAGGGUACAGUGCAAGUAUCCAGGUCAGAACCUGAAUUUCCAGGUGGACGCCGGCUCCAACAAAAACUAUCUGGCGGUGCUGGCGACUUAUGUGGACGGCGCCGGAGAUGUAGCAAAGCUGGAGCUGCAGGAGGCGGGGUCCACAACAUGGGAAUCCAUGGAUCAGUCUUGGGGUGACGUCUAUAAAGCUAACGCCGCCUCCAGCAGCGGUUUCACCUUUCCCGUCUCUCUCCGCUUGACCACUGACAGCGGCCAGAGCGUCGUCGCAAAAAAUAUCAUUCCCGCCGACUGGACGGCCGGUCAAACUUACACAGCCACUGUCAACGUGGUCUAA